AUGACCCAAUCUCAACGCGGUACAGCGUGUGACAUGUAUAAAAUGCAAUGGCAACGAUCUGGGGAAGUUACUGCCGUUCCACGACCAUAUGCCCGUCUCGUAUACGAGGAUUUUCAACCAAGAUCAGAACGGAAGGAAGAAGCAGCAGAAAAUAUUAUAAUUGUUCAUCUUCCUGGUUUCACGAAGCAGAGAAUAAAAGUCACAUACGUGAACCGCUCUCGUACGGUAACGGCUCGAGGAGAGCAACCUGUUGUAAAUGAUAGAUGGAGCCGUUUCAAUCUAAGUUUUCCAGUUCCAAAUAAUUGCGACACCGAUAAGAUUCGCGCAAAGUUUCAGCAUGGGGUUCUCUCCAUUACAAUCCCCAAGAAGAUCGUAGCAAGAGUUGGCCCUGCUGAAGAAGCUAAAACAACCCAGAAAACUCCAAGCCUUCCAAAGUCUGUUUCCCAAUCAAAGCGUCAAAAUGUUCAAAAGGGGAUAAUUCCUCCUAUGCCCGCUUCAACUUCUGGGGUUGAAAAAAUGAGGAGGGAGGAGAUAGCUCGGCCUCAGAGUCUUAAGAGGGUUGCCACCGAACGAAAGGUGGAAAACGGUAGGGAAGACAUCCCUCCACAAGCAACGUCUUCAAAUGCCAUAGACGAAAGAAAAUGGGUGAAGACUAAUCAAUCUCGGAGCCCUCCGGAAGCAACUACCGAGCCUAACGCACAAAAGGGUCAAGACUUAGCUCCUCCAAAGGCUACGUCAACCUCAGAUACCAGAAACGUAACGGGCAAAGCGAGUAUGGCGUCGAGCGCUGAGAAAGAGCAGAUGAUCGGCAAGGAGCUGGCCGAUUUAAAAGCGGAGAAAGGGAUUAAUGUGAGAAUAAAAACUGUGAUGGAUUCUGCUAAGCAGAGAGUGAAUAGUCUAGCAAAGAGGAGGAUCAAUAAUGAAGACAAGAGGCAGAGUCUGGUAAAGAUCGGUGUAGCAGUGCUCGUGAUUGUGGCACUUGGAGUUGGAGCUUAUCUCUCCUACAUAAGCCAUCGCUCCAGAGAUCUGGAAGUUCAUCCGGAUUAGAUCAGAACUACUUCUAGUAUUUCGUUUAAUUAUUCCCAUAUGCUAAGCUUGACUAAUUCAUUUGUAAUUACAAAACUACGCCUGAAUUAAUGGCCAUUACUGUGUAAUAAUGUAUAGCUAUCAGGCAUGCAAGAACUUGUAUUGCACGUACUUGAAAAUGCACCGAAGCUAAUUUAUUUGAA